AUGGCGAUGCGCGAUCUUAUCACCGGUGCUACUUCUUGCCCCGAUCCUUCCGCUUCAUCUUCCUCGCAAAACCCUCUCGCUUCUUUCGCGAACGUUCUCACCGGUUCUUUAUCCAAAACUCAGGAGAGGGUGAGGGAAAUUCCUAGUUCGAAUUCCACUGGUUCGGCAUCACAAUUUUACUCUGAGCCUCUUAAUCAGCUUCCUGGUUCGGAAUUCGAUAAACCUUUUAUCGAGGCUAAUUCUCAGGGUUCGGAGUUUAUUAAUAGAUUUAGAUCUGCGGGUGCGGCUGGGUUUGAGGAAACGUGGGGUGAGAUUCAACGUGAUGGAAGUCAACUUCAGCUCUAUGAUGGUAGGGGACAGCUUCCACCACAGCUUCAUCAACCUGCAUUGGAUGGGACACCGCAAAGAGUUCUUUCUACCUUUUUGCACUCAUUUCUUGACAGCAGUCGUGGUGGAAUACCUUUCCAUCCCACCUCUCUUCCAGUAUUGGGUCUAUCUGAAGGUGAUAAACAAUGUAUACGUGACCGUAGCAGCAUAAUGGCCAGACAUCUCUUUGCAGAUAAAAGCGAAGAAUUUAUCCAUGCCCAAGUAAAUGCUCUUCUGUCCUCUCUAGAUAUUGACAGCAACGUUCGUGGCAAGGGGCCUAUGCCUGAAAGAUUUAGGGAGCUUGAUGAUUAUUGGAACGAGUCUCAAGGCAAUGUGAUACAAGGUGCUCAUGCUUCAGAUGGAUGGAUUUCUGAAUUCAGUCAAAAUAGGGAAAGAUAUGAUAAUCCUGAUGCUUGGGCUAACUCAUUCGAGCAACAACAUGGUGUAAAUGGUUGGGUCUCUGAAUUUGAACAUUCUCAAUUGUCAUCAGUAGAUCAAAUGCGAGGUAUGAACAUGCAAAAUAUUGCUGCAAUGGAGCAGACUCGUAUGCUUGCAAACACACUGGCCCAGAAUGCUGACCCUAAAUUUCAGAACUCAAAGUUCUUUCAAUUUGUAUCAAAGAUGAGCCGCGGUGAGUUGAUUAUCGAUGAAAAUCAAGUUAAAGAGACUGCAUUACCUGCACCUGGAGAUUGGGCAUCAGAAUAUCAGCAACAAUAUAAUCACGGUGAUGCAUGGGCUGGUGAAUUCUUAAAUAAUAAGGCUUUUUCCGGAGUUCGACCUGAACAAUGGGCGAAAGAGUUUGCAACUGAAAGACAACAAAAUGGAGCAGUUGAUGACCAGUGGGUUGAUGAAUUCUCAAACUUACGUGUUAAUGACUGGGCAGAGGAAUUUGGUCAGCAGGUUGGUGAAGGAGCCUUCGGGGAAGACUCUUCGAAUAAUUGGGCUCAGGCAUAUGACGAGUUCCUGAAUGAGCAAUAUGUUGCCAAGCAGCGGUCAGAUAGUUCAAGGGGCGUGUAUGUCUUUUCAGAUUUAAAUCCUUAUGUUGGCCAUCCAAAUCCACUAAAAGAAGGCCAAGAUCUCUUCAGAAAAGGGCUUUUAAGUGAAGCUGUUCUAGCACUAGAAGCCGAAGUCUUGAAAAGCCCUGAAAAUGCCGAAGGAUGGAGACUACUCGGAAUAGCACAUGCAGAAAAUGAUGAUGAUCAACAGGCGAUUGCAGCGAUGAUGCGUGCACAGGAGGCUGAUCCAACAAACUUGGAGGUGCUUCUUGCUCUUGGUGUCAGUCAUACAAAUGAACUGGAGCAAAGUGCCGCGUUGAAGUAUCUAUUUGGAUGGCUACGACAUCACCCAAAAUAUGGAACAAUUGCCCCACCUGAGAUGUCUGAUUCUUUGUACUAUGCUGAUGUUGCUAGAUUAUACAACGAAGCAGCUGUAAUGUCACCUGAUGAUGCCGAUGUCCACAUAGUUCUUGGGGUCCUGUACAACUUAUCCAGAGAAUACGACAAAGCCAUUGCAGCUUUUGAACGGGCAUUGAAACUUAAGCCACAAGAUUACUCUCUCUGGAAUAAGCUUGGUGCGACACAAGCAAACAGUGUUCAAAGUGCUGAUGCAAUAAUGGCUUAUCAACAGGCACUAGAUUUAAAGCCUAAUUAUGUUCGUGCUUGGGCAAAUAUGGGUAUCAGUUAUGCAAACCAGGGCAUGUAUGACGAGUCUGUUCGUUAUUAUGUUCGAGCGCUUGCAAUGAAUCCAAAAGCAGAGAAUGCAUGGCAAUAUUUGAGAAUUUCAUUGAGUUGUGCUUCCAGGAAUGACAUGUUGGAAGCUUGCGAUAGUCGUAAUUUGGACCUUCUCCAAAAGGAAUUCCCUCUGCAGUAA